CGGCCGCGACGCCGGGCUUUUCCCGCAGGCCCGAGCCCCCAGCUUGUCUCCUAUCAAUGGGACCGCCUUUUGUCCCGCCCAGCCCUGAUCUCACUGACCGACCGCGCCCUGACUGACGGACUAAGUGACGCGCUGACAGCUUCGCUCUGACGAACAGGCUUCCGCGCAUGGCGCGUGGCGGGAGCGGGAUAGAGAGAGUUUCAGACACCCAUGCACCGCACCCGUUUCUUUUAUUAUUCUUUUCUUUACCCCUCUUCUCCUUCCUUGAAGGACUUGAGACGGCACCAGUUAAGAUCCCUGGCCCUCCAGCGCCCCUCGCACAGUCUCUCCCCUCAGCCUAGCCCCUCCAGGUCUCCCCGCCUCCUUCCUGGACCCUCACUGCAGGGUGCCCCCACCCCACCGCCCCAACGUGGUGGUGCCCACCCCAGCUUGGCCAUCCUCUGACGAGGGUCCCCACCGUGCUGAAGUGGCACACGGAGGUGCCCGGGAGCUGAGGGGGCUGGAGGAGGCCGGCCGUGCCGUCCCUCCCUACCUCAGCCUCUCAAGCCUGGCUGUGCUCACAGGUGGACAUGUCCCACGUGGAGGCCAAGGACCAGGAGCUGCAGCUGUUGGGGGAUAGCAAGGAGCAUCAGCAGGGCGAGGAGAACCGCGAUGAUGAAGCUGGUAUUGGACCAGCUAGAAGUCAAGUUUCUAGCCCCUCUAUUGCUACCUCCAGCGCCAACCGCCAGAUGAUGCUGGAAGGGAAGUCAGGAUCCUAUUUUUCUUCUCUGGACUCAAGCAUCGAGAUUUUGAAGAAAAGAGCCCAGGAGCUCAUCGAAAACAUCAACGAGAGCAGGCAAAAGGACCACGCACUCAUGACCAACUUCAGGGACAGCCUUAAGAUUAAGGUGACAGACUCCCCCAGGCCCACAGCGAAACCUCAGCUGGAGGGGGUGGGUAUUCUUAUGUAAAAGGGGAGGGGAUAAACCAUCAUUUCACAUCUGUUAUGUUUUAGGCACGGUGCUAGGCAACUUGCAUAUAGUAUCUCGUUUUACCCUUCCUUCAAUCUUGCAAAGAGAUUGGACCCAUUUUGUGGAUGAGAAAACUAAGGUUUGGAAAUAAUUUGACAGAGUGGCAGCUAGGAUGAAGAACCAAGGUCCCUCUGCAUCCAAAGCCAGCCCUCUUAUUUCAUGCAAUGGCUAAUGGCUAUGGGGCGGGGUAGGGGGGUGCUGAGGCAUAGCUUACUUUAUCACACCCAUAUUUCCUCCAGAAGCUGAAUGAUCUACAUGGGAGUGUCAGGGGACUCCUUAACACAUAGCUGAGGCAUGGGUGGGCUUGUAUCCAAUUCAGCCAGCUACUCAGGUCUGAUGUUCAUUUUUGUGCCUGAUGCUUCUUCAGAAUGUAUAGUGGAUCCUGUGUGUGGAGCGGCUUGUUUACUUCACGUUUCAUCUCUUGAUGACAGGUCAUCUCUUGAUGACAGGCCGAUUUUUUCCCUUGUUUUGCCCCUCCCAUCCCUAUCAAUACACACCCUGGUACGUCAUAGA